CAAGCCCAUUCCAACAACUCUUCCCAGGAUCAAAUUCCAUUCCGCAACCGUAAAACUUCGACAACCUUAAUUACAAAGAUACAGAAUGGCCAAAGCAGAAACGAGUCUUGAGUCUGGGAAUGGAUACACGCUGGAUUCAGUGAGGGAGGCUUUGGUUAGGCAAGAAGAUACCAUCGUUUUUUGUCUCAUUGAGAGAGCCAAGUUCCCUAUCAAUUCUCACACCUAUGAUGAAAGCUACUCUAAAAUCCCGGAUUUUUGUGGCUCAUUGGUUGACUUUGUUGUUAAGGAUACAGAGGCUGUUCAAGCUAAGGCUGGAAGAUACGAAAACCCUGAAGAAAAUCCCUUCUUCCCAGAAAAUUUACCACCAUCGAUUGUGCCAGCUUACCCCUUCACACAGAUUUUGCAUCCAGGAGCCUCUUCGAUUAACAUAAACAAGUCCAUCUGGAAAAUGUACUUUCAUGAGUUGCUUCCAUUGUUUGUUACUUCGGGUGAUGAUGGCAAUUAUGCACAAACUGCAGCUAGUGAUCUUUCAUUAUUGCAGGCAAUCUCUAGAAGGAUUCAUUAUGGAAAGUUUGUAGCUGAGGUGAAAUUCAGGGAAUCUCCUCAAGACUAUGAGCCUUUAAUUCGUGCUAAGGACAGAGAAGCAUUGAUGAAAUUGUUGACAUUUGAGAGCGUUGAAGAGAUGGUGAUUAAGAGGGUUGAAAAGAAGGCCAUGAUGUUUGGGCGGCAAAUAAGCCUUAAUAGUGUUGAUGACAACAAUGGAAAUCACAAGUUUGAUCCAUCAGUGGCUUCUCGCUUAUACCAGAAAUGGGUAAUACCUCUUACCAAGGAGGUUCAGGUCGAGUACCUCUUGCGCCGUCUCGAUUGAAGACUUUUCAAUGCAAUUAGAAGAAAGGAAUAUGAUGUCCUUGUUCAAAUGAUUAAGCUCUUUUGUGAUCCUUUAUUGCCAAUUUCUAGUGGCUCAAUUAACUAACAAAACAAUACUUGUCUUUUUCUUUUUCUUUUCUUUUGUCUGAUAUCCUUUCCAAAAUGGGAUUAGGAUGCGAUCAAACCUAUGUGUCACGAGUUGGAGUCAAAAUUUCAGACCCCUUUCGAGCCUUGAGCACAUGGGAAUGACCAUAUCUUCGU